AUGGCGACUCCGACUCUGGCCGAGAAGCUGGACAAGAUCAAGUCCCCCGGUCUUCAAAGCCAGCAGAAGACCGUCGUUGUCUUGAAUGCGGUCGAAUCAACCUUGAAAGAGCAGAACACCGCUCCGACUUCCACUGGAUACUUUGCUGCCCUUCUCGCGCUUCUACAACAGGCCGAGAACAAUGGAAGCAUCAACAUCGAAUUAGCCACUCCCGUGGUGUACCUUCUUGACGUGGUCACCCCGUUCGCUCCCCAGCCUCUGCUUCGAUCCAAGUUUACUCAGAUCCUUACGCUGCUCGCACCGGUUUUGUUGAUGCAGGAUGCGGAGCCAAUUCUGCUAAGGACCUCAAUUGGGUGCCUCGAGUCUCUGCUCCUGGCUCAAGAUGCCGCUUCAUGGGAGCUGUCUGUCACCCAAAUCGGACCCAGGCGCGCAGUUGCUGGAUUGCUGAACCUGGCUUUGGAUCAGAGGCCCAAAGUCCGGAGACGAUCUAUGGAUGCGCUCAAGAGAGUACUCAAGAACCCACCGCCUACCCCAUCCUUGGACCACCCGGCCGCAGACAUGUGUGCGCACACUGCGCUGAAGAACUUGGAGGAUCUGGCUGCCCAGGCUAUCCAGGCACGAAAGGGCAAGAAGGCGCCCAGCACAACGCACGAUCCGGCAUUGAUCCAUGCGCUUCAACUGGUCAAGACUGUCGCUGCGGCGAGCGGCGGCUGGCCAACGACCAAGAUCGAAUCUCUUUGCGAGCUGCUCCUGAACAUUGCUAAAUCCGGCAACGAGUACAUGACCAUGGCGGCUUUCGAGAUUUUCGAAUUAAUGUUUGAGGGAAUGACAGACGAAGUCACUUCAGCAAAGCUACCUCGCUUGAUGGAGAUUAUCUCAGAGCUGCGCCCAGCUGCCAACGAUACCCAGCUUGUCCCUGCAUGGCUUGCCAUCCUGUCCCGAGGCUACGACGUCUCGGCACAAGUCGAAGCCGACGAGACUUUCCAAAACCUCCCCGAACUCUUCAACAUGGUGGCGCAAUUCCUCCAGUCUGAUUCUGAGAACAUUAGAAUUUCUGCUUCUGAGUGCUUGAUAUCAUUCAUGGCCAACUGCGUGCCGCCCAAUGUUAUCCUCGAGCCUUCAAUAUUCGACGAGAAGGUCUUGGAUAAAAUUGCAAAGGCGGCCGAGUCCCUCCUGAGUGUUCAGUAUCAGGCCGCUUGGCUACAGACUUUUAACGUCCUAGAAGCAAUCUUCACUGCCCUGAGAUGGCGAGCGAACCCCAUCAUGCUCAAUGUCACACGCACCAUUGGUGAGAUUCGAGAGAACCCGUCUUUCCGAAACAAAAAGGAGGCAGACGAUGUGCUGGGACAAGCCGUCCGGGCCAUGGGCCCUGAGGCGGUUCUGUCUGUUCUUCCACUGAAUAUUCUCAAGCCAGUCAAGGGCCAGGCCGGAAGAGCAUGGCUGUUCCCCAUCCUGCGAGACUACACUAGCAAUACUAACUUGUCUCAUUUCAAGAGUGAGAUGGUACCUCUCAGUGAAGUCAUGUUCCAGAAGGUUUUGGACCAUGGCGAAGCCGAGAAGACUAUGGAGAUCAAGAUUUACGAGACACUCGUCCAGCAGAUUUGGUCCACUCUUCCAGGCUACUGCGAUUUACCGCUCGAUCUUUUGGAAUCUUUCGACCAAGCCCUGGCUGAGAUUUUGGCCAACCUUCUUUACCAGCAAGUUGAUCUGAGAUUGGAUAUUUGCAGAGCUCUGAGGACUUUAAUUGAGUCAAAUCAAGCCGUUGCAAAUAUCGAAGAGGAGGAAGAUCUCCUGUUGCAGAGCCGGGUAACCAAGGAUGGCGCUCGCAAGAACUUGACCUAUCUCGGCCAAUUUGCCGGUAACAUGCUCGCAGUGCUCUUCAACGUAUAUACCCAGACUCUUCCUCAAAGCCGAGGCCCCAUUCUCCAGACUGUGAAUGCCUUCCUCAGCAUUACGCCGAACCAGGAGCUUAUGGAGACUUUCGAUCGUGUCAGCAAGAUGCUUGCAGGAGAGCUCCAGAACGCGCCUGCAGCAGAGAACAAGCAGCAAGGUCAAAAAUCAAAAGACCACAUGCCCUCCACUGCGCAGACGCUUAUGGAUCUCGUCAUUACCAUUUCAGCAUACCUCCCCCGAGAGAGCUUCGUCACGCUGUUUGAGAUUGCCACGGCAAUUAUCAACAGGCAAGAGGAGCCCCAGCUGCAGAAGAAGGCUUACAAGCUGAUCCCCAGACUGGCAACUUCUGAGCUUGGCAAGGCUGCUCUACAGGAGCGAAAUGCGGAAAUGCAGGCUCUGAUCCUCUCCAGCUCAGAGAAGGUAUCUGCGCCGGCUAGACGAGAGCGAAUUGCUGCCAUCUCUGCACUUCUUCCCUUCAUUCCCAACAGCGAUCUUCAUUUCAUUCCAGCUGUCUUGAGCGAGAUUGUCAUCUGCUGCAAGGAGAACAACGAGAGAGCUCGUGAAAGCGCAUACGAUCUCCUGGUUGAAAUGGGACAGAAGAUGGCGGCCGCCGACGGUGCUACAAUCGACAACAGCAAGGUACCUCACAUGCCGAGCGAUGCUCCAGCCGCCACUGCCAAUAUCGAGGAGUUCUUUACCAUGGUGAGCGCCGGUCUCGCCGGAAGUACCCCUCAUAUGAUUUCUGCCUCUGUUACCGCCAUUAGCCGUCUCCUCUACGAGUUCCGGUCAUCACUGAGCGAGCAGACCCUGUCCGACUUGGUGCAGACUAUGGAUCUCUUCCUGACGUCAAAUAACCGAGAGAUUGUCAAGAGCUGCCUGGGCUUUGUCAAGAUAUCUGUCAUCAGCCUGCCCGUCGAGCUGAUGGUGCCACGCCUGGCCACACUCGUGCCCAACCUGUUUACCUGGAGUAAGGAGCACAAGGGCCACUUCAAGUCAAAGGUUAGACACAUCUUGGAGCGAAUGGUUCGCCGCUUUGGCUUCGACGCCAUCAACAACGCCUGCCCUGAUUCCGACAAGAAGCUGCUCGCCAAUAUCCGCAAGACCAAGGAGAGAGCGAAGAGAAAGAAGGACGCUGCCAAGAAUGCUCAUGAUGAGGACGCCAGUGACGACGAGGAAGAGGACGGCAAGCGACAAUAUGAAAACGAAUACGACCGCGCUCUGUACAGCAGCGAGUCUGAAGAAUCCGAAGGAGAGGAUGACGAAGGAGACGCAAGACCGAAGAAGAAGGCCCAGAAGGGCGGCAAGACCUACAUUGUCGAGGACGACGACGAACCCCUCGAUCUGCUCGACAAGAAGGCCCUCGCCAGCAUAUCAUCAACCAAGCCCGUCAAGCUUCGCAAGCCCCAGCGGACCAAGGCUAAAAUGGAUCUCGACGGCAAGCUCAUCCUCGGCAAGGACGACGACGAGGACGAAGGCGCCAUGGAGGUCGACCAGCCCGAGAACUCCGGCGUGGGCGCCUACGUCGCCGCCAUCAAGGGCCGUGAUGCCGCAAGACGCGGCCGCGGAGGAAAACUCAAGUUCUCCAACAAGCGCUCCAAGGAUGGCGACGACGGCGACGAGAUGGAUGACGAUGACGCCGUGGCCGUCAAGAACAGCAUCAGCCCCGGCCGCGGCGAUCGUGGUGGCAGAGGCCGUGGAAGAGGCGGCCCCAUGCGCGGCGGUGGUCGUGGAGGUCGUGGCGGCGGCGGUUCUUUCGGCGGCCCGAGGAGCGGUAAGGGUGGCAUCGCUGCUGGCAGGAGAGGACUGGGCACUGAGAAGAGACACGGUCCUUCCGGCGGCGCGGGUAUAGGGAAGGGUAGAAGAGGAGGCCGAAACUAG